ACAUUCCAUAUGUGCUUAAAGCAAAUCCUGAAUUAUCGGACCUAUUCACUUCAAUACCUCUCUCAAAAUUAAAAAUUAGAAAUCGGCAGUUACAUUUCUGUAAUGCUAAUUUCAUUUCAUUAAUAAUAAAUUCCACUUUUAAUUCCUCUUCAGCUUUAUCUAACACUAAUCCAUCAAGAAUAAUUCCAACCCCACAUAACUUCACACUUUCAUUGGGUAACUUUACUCUCUUAAGAUUUCUUCAUACGCCGGGACACACUGAAUGUGUCGGAAGGUUGGACCUGCCCGGCGGAGAUUUAAAACAGAUGAAAAAAACUUUGAGAAAAAGGCUUGGUGUAUUGGAUGAUAAGAUUGUGGUGUAUCCUGGUCAUGAUUACGGUGGUGAUUGGACUACAAUUGGAAUUGAAAAAAAAAAGG